GCAGACUGGAUGGGACUUGUGGAGAUUGACCCUUUACCCAUAAGCGUCACACUUAGUACUAGUAGAAACACAAGCGAUCUUUGUCCUGCAGAAUCCGCCCUCCAGAUAACCAGCACAGAGCAGUCUUGAAGAUGGUGGUUUUGUCUAAAGAGCACGGCUAUGUGGCGCUUACCGGCGCGGCAUCAUUUCUCCUGAUGGGUCAUCUGUCUUAUGCCGUGGGGAAGGCUCGGGUUAAAUACAAUGUCCCGUAUCCUACAAUGUACAGUGAUGAUCCAGAGACUGGAAACAAAUUCAACUGUAUCCAGCGAGCUCAUCAGAACACUGUUGAAGUUGUGUCUCUAUUCCUGUUUCAUUUAUCUGUGGGUGGGAUUCAGCAUCCACGCCUGGCCAGCGUGUUGGGAAUGAUCUGGAUUGUCAGUCGGGUGCUGUACGCACAAGGAUACUCUACUGGAAAGCCUGAGAAGCGCCGGCGUGGCUCGUUCGGGAUGCUUGCUUUGCUGGGUCUGUUCGUCUGCACGGUGAACACCGGGAGAACACUCCUCGGAUGGGGACCUGGGUUCAAAUGGCCAAUAUGUUUUAAAUAGUGGAAAUCAUGUUUUCAAUUCUACUCUAAUUACACAUUCUAUAAAGUGACUAUAAAGUUAAAAAAAAACAUGUUAUGUAAAAUUAGAAAAACACAAAGAGGCUCAUUUUACACUGUAAGACCUCUGGGAAUUCUCUGUGUGUACAUUUCUGUUUUAAAUAAAUAGCAUAAAAGUUGAAAUGUUCAA